CAUUCUUCACAACAAAGGACACGCCAGAAUUGUGCAGUCGAGACCACAACUUCUGUGUACGUUUCAAAUGUAUUACUACUGGACUAGAAUUAAGUCUGAGGCCAGUAACAUCAACAGUAAUGACAAACCCAGCCUGCCUCUCUCCUUCCACACUGAGUGCAAACCCACAGUCACUGGGUCCUGAUUGUGACAGUGGGGCCCAGUUUGCACUGCAGGAUCCAGAGAUGGCAUCAGUGAAGCUGGAAGACUGCAGUCAAACACUGGAGCUGAAUGUCAACAUUAAAGAUGAAGAAAAGGAGGAGAAGAUUGGGAAAUCUGUUAAUCAUGGAGACCAUGUUGAGACAUUCUCUAUAUCCAGAGAGCAUCAACAGGAAGAUCACAUAGCAAAGAGGUCUCACCACUGCACACAUUGUGAGGAGAUUUUCCCAUUUCUAUCAAAGCUAAAAAUACACCUAAAAAUACACACAGGAGAAAAGCUUUACUCCUGCUCUGAAUGUAGAAAAUGCUUUAAAACAUCAACUAAACUAAAAGUUCAUCAGAGAACACACACAGGAGAGAAGCCUUACUCCUGCUCUGAAUGUGGGGUGAGUUUCUCUCAACUGGGUACCUUAAAACAACAUGAACGUAUACACACAGGAGAGAAGCCUUACUCCUGCUCUUACUGUGGAAAGAGUUUCUCUCAACCGUGCACCUUACAAAAACAUGAACGUAUACACACGGGAGAGAAGCCUUACUCCUGCUCUGACUGCGGGGCUUGUUUCUCUCAUCGGAACAACUUAAAACGUCAUGAACAUAUGCACACAGGAGAGAAGCCUUACUCCUGCUCUGUCUGUGUAAAAUGCUUCAAAACGUCAACUGCGCUAAAAGUUCAUCAUGGAACACACAGAGCAGAGAAGCCUUUCUUCUGCUCUGACUGUGGAAAGAGUUUCUCUCGUCGGGAUACCUUAAAACAACAUGAACAUAUACACACAGGAAAGAAGCCUUACUCCUGCUCUGACUGCGGGGCUUGUUUCUCUCAUCGGAACAACUUAAAACGUCAUGAACAUAUGCACACAGGAGAGAAGCCUUACUCCUGCUCUGACUGUGGAAGGAGUUUCUCUCAACUGGGCUACCUAAAAAGACACGAGCGUUUACACGCAGGAGAGAAGCCUUACUCCUGCUCUGACUGUGGAUCGAGUUUUUCUGAAUGGGGCACCUUAAAACAACAUGAACGUAUACACAAAGGAGAGAUGCCUUACUCCUGCUCUGAAUGUGGAAAAUGCUUCAAAACAUCAACAUCACUAAAACUUCAUCUUAGAACACACACAGGAGAGAAGCCUUACUCCUGCUCUGAAUGUGGGGCGAGUUUCUCUCAACUGAGUAACUUAAAACAACAUGAACGUAUACACACAGGAGAGAAGCCUUACUCCUGCUCUUACUGUGGAAAGAGUUUCUCUCGUCCGGACACCUUAAAACAACAUGAUUGUAUACACACAGGAGAGAAGCCUUACUCCUGCUCUGACUGUGGAAAGAGUUUCCAUCAACUGGGUACCUUAAAACAACAUGAACGUAUACACACAGGAGAGAAGCCUUACUACUGUUCUGACUGUGGAAAGAGUUUCACUUACCUGGGCAUCUUAAAACAACAUGAACGCAUACACACAGGAGAGAAGCCUUACUUCUGCCCUGACUGUGGAAAGAGUUUCCGUCAACUGGGUACCUUAAAACAACAUGAACGUAUACACACAGGAGAGAAGCCUUACUCCUGCUCUGACUGUGGAAAGAGUUUCACUUACCUGGGCAACUUAAAACAACAUGAACGCAUACACACAGGAGAGAAGCCUUACUUCUGCCCUGACUGUGGAAAGAGUUUCCAUCAACUGGGUACCUUAAAACAACAUGAACGUAUACACACAGGAGAGAAGCCUUACUCCUGUUCUGACUGUGUAAAAUGCUUCAAAACAUCAACUGACCUAAAAGUUCACCAGAGAACACACACCGGAGAGAAGCCUUACUCCUGCUCUGACUGUGGAAAGAAUUUCUCUCACCUGGGCACCUUAAAACAACAUGAACGCAUACACACAGGAGAGAAGCCUUACUUCUGCCCUGACUGUGGAAAGAAUUUCUCUCACCUGGGCACCUUAAAACAACAUGAACGUAUACACAAAGGAGAGAAGCCUUACUCCUGCUCUGACUUUGAAAAGAGUUUCUCUCAGGAGUAAGAGAAGCCUUACUCCUGCUCCAACUGUGGAAAGUGUUUCUCUUGAAUGUGCCAUUUCAAAAGACACCAAGGGAAACACGAGAGGAGCCUUACCACUGAUCUGACUGUAGGAAAUGUUAAAACACCAGCUGAGCUUAAAAGUCAUUAGAGAAAAGACAAAGGAGAGAAGCCUUAUUUCCGCUCUCAAUGUGGCAAGAGUUUUUCCCAAUUGGGCAAUGUAAAAACAGACCAACGGAUACACACUUCAGAGAAGCCUUAUCACUGCACUGACUGUGGGAAGAGGUUCUACAGAUUGGGUCAUUUAAAAAGACACAAAUGUAUACAUAAAGGACAGGCCUCAUCAGUUCUCUCAGACCAGCUAAGAUUAGACACUCCACUUAAUUCUCAUGUCAUUAAAUAAUUGGCAACGUUGAAUUUGAUCAAAUGAAGAAAGUGUAGAACACUAUUGUAAUCCUAUAGUUUCUCACUGUGAGAGAACAAUGCAGAGGAAAGGGAGCAUUAUAGAAUGUCUCUCUUUACUGACGUGUGCCGUCUACUUUAUUCUCUCUCACACCAAAACUGACAAGUUGUGAUCACGUGGUUAUGCCCAUAUCUGGUCAUCCUGUUCCUGUUCUCACGCCUUGGAGUGAGUGCGACAAUAUGUAUAUAAUGCCUUUGAAGUUGUCAUGAUGAUUGAUGUCUAGUGACCUCUUUGAACUGGGGGGGGGGUGACCAUUUCAAAGAGUUUGACCCCCCCACCCCCUGUUUUAUUGACCUUAGGGUUGUUGUCUAUGAAACACGAAUGUCCUGGGGUAUUGGGGUUGGCAGACGCCUUAUAAAUAAAGCCCAGAACAAGACAUGCGUCCUCAGAACACUAAACAAGAUUUUUUAAAUCAGCAUGGAUUUUGUGAUCAGUGGCAAAGCUGUGAUGACUGUAACAACGGAAGCAGGAACUCGGUUGAAACAUCGAGAAAGGGCCAGGUAUCAAGCCACAAUAUACGAUGCGCCAAAAAAAGCGGUUUCUAAGUGUGUAUAGAACCCAAAUACCGCCCGCAACUACGCUGAAAGAUCAAGUGCUGAUGUCUAAUGGACAUCAAUCGGGGUAUCGGUUUGAUUACCUGGCCUGUAGAGUGAACCUCUAUACGGUAGCCGAAGGAGAAGAAUAUACAGACCAGACUUUAGGAGUGGACUACGGGCUUGAAGACUGGACGGUUUUUCGCAAGGUUGUGUGUCCUGAACUGAGCCUUAUCACCAAGGGGUAUAGCUUGUUCAAGGUGCCCCUGACUCCUCAGGAAGAAUAAUUCACAGGGUGAAAAUACAAAGAAAGAAUGGACUUCCAUGUGGCUACGUGGAGUUCUAUUUCGGCAACGAGGAAACCCGCAACCAAAACAUUUGUGAUGGUGGGGAUUUUAGGUUGCGCAUGCUUAUUCCUUUUCAAAUUUGGGAUCUAAUGGAAUUGAAAAUGUUCCAGCUGUUGGACGCUCUCUUUGUACAGAGCCAACAGCGGCAGAGCAUUGUUCAUGUAAAGAAGUGCAUAAUAUAUACGAAUCCUGAGGAUUAUGAUUCAAAGGAGCCCCAAGAAGGUACAUCCUCAGAAGGGACAGCCUCCGAAGAAAACUAAGUACUCGGUUGCGUUAACCACGCCCUGAUACCCAAAGGACUGGUUCAACAAUAAAAGUAGUGCCCUUAAAGCCUCCAGUUCUUCAUUUCAUCAUACACCAUGGAUAUUCAUACAACAUACCAGGACUCCGAUACGACAUGGGGCCCAGACCCUAAGGACCGUAUGCCGGCAGCCCAACAUUCUACUCUCCUCCCCCCCCCCGGCAAGACCCGCGACACCCCCUGCAUGUACACAGCCUGAGGACGUGUUUGAUGGGAUAGUCAGUACUAUUUUUGUGGACACCAUCAAGGCCUCUGUAGCCACACUUCUAGACGUGGUGAUUGGAGAAUAUAUAAGAGAGAAAUGCAUCGGUUGUGAGAUCAAUCACCCCAGCAAGCGCCGUAUAUGACCCGCCAAGAUACUACUUCUUCAACCAAUUUGAGGAGCUGGUGAAAAGACUGUGGUCCUGCAGGUUUAUACCAUCGCUGGUCAGAGCCCUGGAGCCCUGGAGUCUAUGGGUCCUAAGCCGUAUAUCCCCAGAGUUUACUUGGUAACCACGGUAUUCCUACAUGAACUGAAGCAGGCAAUCUACAUCCACGAUAAACUCAAAGAAAUCCGACACACCCUGUUGGACGACAAUAAAUACCGGGAAGCUGUGGUGGCUGAUGUGAUGACUUUCUGGCUCAAUAAACCCCAAGAGACCGAGUGACAUUUUGUUAUUUAGAUGUAAAGCAAUGGGCAACUAUGUGUAUACGAUGUUAGAGAUAAUAAAUAAAUGUCUUCUUUUGAGAGAACUUACAAAUGUUAUGCAUCAGAUUAUUGAAAAUAAAGUGAACAAUGUAUCGUUCUACACAACACACAAUGCCUGGGUUAAUGUAGAGCGUGUGCUGAAAAUGGAACAAAUCAUGAAUCAUGUUGUGGAUGAUUCUGAAGAACUAGAAACAACUUUGUCUAAGAUUUUACUUGUUUGAAACACCAUUUAAUUGUAACGUGUAUCAUAUUUGUUGUUUAUAUGCUUAUAUAUCGGACAUGUGUGUUUUCAAAGUUCAGCGACACAAGUCUGUAACUCAAAACCAAAUAUACAGGGUGUUGCAUGCUGUGAUCGUUGAGAAAACUGGGACAUGUAUCCUGCAAAGAAUCCUGAAUUGUCUGUAUACGUAAUACUUGAUGCAUGAAUAAAAUAAAAAUUCUAUAAUGAAAAUGAAA